AUGGAACGAUCAGUUAAACUUCAGUGCACUGGGGUUACUGCCUUGGAACGAUGUGAGAAACUGCAGUUCACUGGGGUUAUUGCCUUGGAACGAUCAGUGAAACUGCAGUUCACUGGGGUUACGGCCUUGGAGCGAUCAGUGAAACUGCAGUUCACUGGGGUUACGGCCUUGGAGCGAUCAGUUAAACUGCAGUUCAUUGAGGUUACGGCCUUGAAACGAUCAGUUAAACUUCAGUUCACUGGGGUAACGGCCUUGGAACGAUCAGUUAAACUGCAAUUCACUGGGGUUACGGCCUUGGAACGAUCAGUGAAACUGCAGUCAACUGGGGUUACGGCCUUGGAACGAUCAGUGAAGCUAUACGACGACGACCGCCGUGAUAAACGUAGCCGCAGUCGUGGACGUGACAAGUACAAGCAGAGUCCCCCACGCCGCGGGAAAUCACCGAAGUACGACGACAGACGAGACCGUGACCGUACACCGCCCUACAGAGACAGAGGGCGCUCAUCAACACAUCGGGGUAGGGAUAGGACUCCAUCGAGACGGGAUCGGGAAAGGGAACGCACACCGGAUCGUUACCGAGACAACACUCCGCCGCGGCGUGAGUAUGAACGUCGUGACAGAGAUCGUGAACAAACUCCGCCGCGUAGAGAUAACGAGCGUAAAAAUGACCGUCGUGAUGCCACUAAAGCACGACGGGACCCUACUCCACGCAGAGACCCCACUCCAAGGAACGACGACUUAUUCUCCCCUGCGCCCGCUAGUACUCCAGCACCUCCUAGACAGGCGGCGCCACCGGUCAACGAUCCCUGGAGGAACAAACCACCGCGCAACUCGCCCGACUCAGACACCGACGACGAACGGCGAUAA